AUGACCCCCCGCUGCUUCAUAAUCCGCCACGGCGAAACCUCCUGGUCCCUGAACGGCCGACACACCGGCUCGACGGACCUACCGCUGACCGAGAACGGCGAGAAGCGUAUAAAAGCCACGGGAAAGGCUCUGGUCGGGAAUGAUCGGUUGAUUGUGCCGAGGAAGUUGGUUCAUGUGUACGUGUCGCCGCGCGCACGGGCCCAACGUACCCUCGAACUCCUCGAGAUCGGAUGCAAGGAGAGAUUACCGUGGAACGAGGCGCGGAAGUCGGAGGAUGAGGAGCCGAUACGCACGGAGGCGAAGGUGGAGGUUACGGAGGCUGUCAGGGAGUGGGAUUAUGGGGAGUAUGAGGGGUUGACGAGUAAGCAGAUACGGGAGAUGAGGAGGGAGAAGGGAGAGGGGGAGUGGGAGAUUUGGAGAGAUGGGUGUCCCGGGGGAGAAUCCCCCGAAGACGUGAUCAAGCGUCUAGACGCCGUGAUUGCAGAGAUCAGAGAGAAGUUCCACAAGCCCUGUUUCGACGGCGACUCUUCUUCCAAGGGCGAUGUUCUCGUCGUGGCACAUGGACAUAUCCUGCGUGCGUUUGCGAUGCGGUGGACGGGGAAGCCGUUGACGGAGACGGCGCUGAUUUUGGAAGCGGGUGGUGUGGGCACAUUGAGCUACGAACACCACAACAUCGACGAGCCGGCAAUCAUUCUAGGAGGAGGAUUCGUAGUCGACAGCUGA